AUGCCGACGCAAACGCUCAGAUGGCGGGACGAUGCGCUGAUCCUGCUCGACCAGACUCGCUUACCCGAGGAGCUGGUGUACGCGACCUAUCGCCACGUCGAGGAGCUCGCCCGCGCCAUUGAAGGGCUGGUGGUGCGCGGUGCGCCAGCCAUUGGCUUGGCGGCUGCGUACGGCGUCGUGGUGGGCGCACGCGCAGCGGUCAAUUGCGCCCCCGAGGCCUUUUGCCGCCGUGUGGAAGACGCUAUCGCCCGCCUCGCCCGCACCCGGCCCACCGCGGUCAACCUGUUCUGGGCCUUGGAUCAGAUGCAGGAGGUGUUGGCCGCGAAUCGAGGCCGCGACAACCACGCCAUCUGCGACGCCCUGCUAGAGGCUGCGCACCGUCUCUUUGAGGAAGACCGCCAAAUCUGUCGCCAGAUCGGUGCCCACGGCGCGGUACUCCUGCGCGAUGGCAGCCAAGUCAUCACCCACUGCAACGCCGGCGGCUUGGCCACGGCCGACUACGGCACGGCCUUAGGGGUCGUCUAUGCAGCCCAAGAGGCGGGCAAGAAAGUCGCCGUAUUUGCCGAUGAAACCCGCCCCUUGCUCCAAGGUUCGCGGCUGACGGCGUGGGAGCUGAUGCAGAGCGGCAUCGACGUCAAGGUCAUCUGCGACAAUGCGGCCGCGGUCGUGCUGCGGAAUGAGGCGAUUGACUGCUGCAUAGUGGGUGCUGACCGCAUCGCCAAAAACGGCGAUGUGGCCAACAAGAUUGGCACCUACGGACUGGCUAUCCUCGCUCGCGAGCACGGCGUGCCCUUCUACGUGGCCGCCCCGGUCUCGACCCUCGACAUGGCCUUGGCCUCGGGUGCGGAAAUCCCCAUUGAAAAGCGCGACGCAGCCGAGAUCCGCAACGGCAUGGGCAAGCCCACAGCCCCGGAUGCGGUGCCGGUUUACAAUCCGGCUUUUGACGUCACGCCCUGCGACUUGGUGUCGGCGAUCAUUUCGGAAAAGGGCGUCGCCCGUGCUCCGUACGAACCCACCCUGCGAGCUUGGGUUGAGUUAUGA